GAUGUGGACUGAUUUGAGCGAUAAUUUUUAAUAUUAUUCAUAAGUGAUUUAUAAAGGUGAAUACAAAAAUGGAAGGAAAGUUGGAAUAUGGUAUGAAUUAGAGAGGGAUUGGAAUAAUAUGGAUGAAGGAUUUUAGAAAAGAUUAGCAAAAAAUUAUGAAAUAUGA